AUGCGUAUUCUUUUCAAAAAUGGGUAUUGCACACAGUCUCCAGAAUGCCAAUAUCUGCACUUGGAUCCCAACAGCAAGAUCCAGGAGUGUGAAGAAUACAAGAUGGGGUUUUGUCCUGCCGGACCUGGGUGCGUCAAGAAAACGAUAUACCCACGUUACGUUACAGGGUUUUGUCCGUUGGGUAGAGCCGAUUGCGAUCUGGAACAUCCGCCGUUUGUGAUACCGAAUGAACUGAGCAAGCUUCGUUUCAAGAAUGAUGAUGAAAUAAACACCAAGAAAUUGGACGAGGAAAAGGAGCGUCGUUUUAACGCUAUUAUGAAUGGUGAGAUCCCAGCAUAG